UGCUCCCGUUCAUCUUCAUCUGCAUCUACCAAGCACACGCCACCCGCCGUUGCCCAGUGAUAGCGUCUUCCAGAACCCCUGUGUGACGACCUGGAGUUCCGCCCCUCGUAUUAGCGCAGUUGAUGUCCAGUGGUCGACGUUACCAGCUCCCAACAACUUCCCCGGCACUCUUUUAUCUCCUCAUUUCCUCCUGUGCGCCAGACACAAUCCUUCAGUGUUGCCCGUGCUACGCUGUGUCUCCAGUCGCUCUCCCGUGCACCGAGACCAUCAGUCAGCAGCCGCGCAAUCUUCGCCGACGAAUCGACAAGCUCAGCGCUGCCAUCGUCUCUCCUUCAACACUCGACUUUCCGACCACGCACGUCGACGACGUCCCUCACAGUCUCUCGCUAAGUCGCCUCGCACCACGCAACCAUGUCUGGAGAAGAGAAGGUCCGCUCCUCCGUGGACGCUGCCCGUGAUCCAGCCCUGCCAGUGCUGCCUACUGUGAACCCCGACGCCGUCAAGUCGCCAGCGGCCGAGACAGCCUCGUUCCAUCCUGCAGUGUACAUCGCGACAUGGAUCACCCUCAGUUCCAGCACCAUCGUCUUCAACAAGUACAUCUUGGACACGGCCAAGUUCCAAUUUCCCAUCUUCCUCACAACAUGGCACUUGAUCUUUGCGACGAUCAUGACGCAAUUCCUCGCCCGCUUCACGUCCAUCCUCGACUCGAGAAAGAAAGUGCCCAUGACCGGCCGCGUAUACCUGCGAGCAAUUGUUCCGAUUGGCCUGUUCUUCAGCUUGAGCUUGAUCUGCGGUAACCAGGCAUAUCUGUACUUGAGCGUGUCUUUCAUCCAGAUGCUCAAGGCUACCACACCUGUUGCUGUCCUCAUCGCGACCUGGAGUCUUGGCAUUGCACCGGUCAACCUGAAGACUCUCGGAAAUGUCUCCUUCAUUGUCAUCGGUGUCGUUGUUGCAUCCUUCGGCGAGAUCCAGUUCGUCAUGGUUGGUUUCCUCUUCCAAGUCGGUGGUAUCGUCUUCGAGGCUGUCCGUCUGGUCAUGGUCCAGCGUAUCCUCAGCUCCGCCGACUUCAAGAUGGACCCGCUUGUCUCUCUCUACUACUACGCCCCAGCGUGUGCCAUCAUGAACGGCAUGGUCCUGCUCUUCACCGAGUUCCCGACCCUGACCAUGGUGGAUAUCUACCGUGUCGGUACUUUCACACUGCUCGCAAACGCUUCCGUCGCUUUCAUGCUCAACGUCUCUGUUGUGUUCCUGAUUGGAAAGACAUCCUCGCUCGUGCUCACUCUUUCCGGUGUACUGAAGGACAUUCUCCUUGUCUUUGCCUCCAUGUUCCUGUUCCGUGACCCUGUCACUCUUCUCCAGGCCUUCGGUUACAGCAUUGCGCUAGGUGGUCUUGUCUACUACAAGCUUGGCGGAGAUAAGAUGAAGGAGUACCUCGGACAGGGCACCAUGAAGUGGGCAGAGUUUGGUCAGACCCGUCCGGCACUCCGCAAGAUCAUGGUUUUUGGCGCUGUCAUCAUCUCCAUGUUCAUGAUCUUUGGCUCCCUCGGACCUCGCUAUGCUCCCGAUUCCACCGCCAAGAUCUACAGCGGAGUCGGCCACAUGAUUGGCGACAAGGGAUACUGAUCGAUUGAUCGAGUGGAGCUCGUCCAGGCCAAGACGUGCAUAUUCCCCGAUGAUUCAAUCCCAACUUACGGCUUGUAGCCUUGCAUUACCUCACCUCGAGGACAUGGUCAUCAUGUUUGGUUCUUGUUUUUGUUUUUCCAUCCACUGUUUGGGGCAAAUUUGGAGUGAGAUGGGGUUUUACGUAUUCCAGGUGUUCGAAAGCAUAGGCAAACGGGCUGUCUCUAUGUCCUGGGGGAUUGUUUUCAAGAAGUUUUGAUUGGAGACCUUUUGUCUUCUCUCAUAGGUUUCAUGUCAUAUUCAGUAGCGUAUCAGGGGGCAACGAAGGGAAUAUGAAGGAUUACAUGUGAUUAUAUAUAUAGACUAUGCACUGACUACCUAUGAAGGGGUCUG